CUGACGGCCAUUUUGUUGGUUUACUGAGUCGUUUCCGUCAGAGGAUUCUUUCUUGGGAAGGUUCAUUUUUAGCUAAAAAAAAGGACAUUUGAGCCCAAAAUCUGGAUGUUCUAGACAAGAUAUUUGAAGGUUAUUCAGGUUAUUACRGUGUAAAAGAAGCCAAGAGCAAUGGCUCUGUCAUUGAAAAUACAAGUUGUAAAAAACAACAGUGUCAAGACUCUUCAGUUCAAUCCAGAGGCAACUGUUGCUGAAGCAUUAAGAAUAAUUAGAGACAAGGUGCCUGAUGCUUCUCCUGGGAAAGCUGCAGAUUUUGGGCUGUUUCUUCCAUCAGAGGAACUGGCCAAAGGAAAAUGGCUUGAACCUGCAAGGUCUCUUAACUUCUACCCCCUAAAGAAUGGGGAUUCUGUGGAAUACAAAACAAAGAUUCGUCUUAUUAGAAUUAAAUUUAUGGAUGGUAAUGUCAAGACUCUUCAGAUUGAUGACAGCCACACAGCUGGACAAAUCCUUGAAACAAUUUGUGCAAAAAUGGGAAUAUCUAAUCCUGAAGAGUUCUCGCUGUUGGUUGAGGGGAAAGAAGAAGAAAGAGAUGAGGCUGAGAAGACAUCUACACUGAGAAGGGACAAAUCGAUGAAAGACGUUCCAAUCAAGAGAAUGGAAGAAAGAGAUAGAAAAAAGAUGGAACAGCUGAAAAAGAAACUCCACACAGAAGAUGAUGUUCAAUGGCUUGAUCAUGACAAGACCUUACGUGAGCUAGGAGUCAGUGAUACAGACACUGUCGUAAUGAGGAGAAAAUAUUUCUAUUCAGAUCAAAAUGUUGACAUCAAAGAUCCCGUCCAGUUGAACCUUCUCUAUGUCCAGUGUCGUGAUGGGAUUAUUGAUGGUACCCAUCCAUGUACUAUUGAAGAAGCAUCACAGGAACACAGGAAGCUGACAGGAUUGGACGAAUUGCAAGCAAGAUACAAAUAUGUACAACUAUGUCGUGGGCUCAAGACCUAUGGUGUGACAUUCUUCCUCGUUAAGGAAAAAAUGAAAGGAAAGAACAAACUGGUCCCCAGACUUCUUGGCAUCACAAAGGAAAGCAUCCUCAGAGUGGAUGAGAGAACAAAAGAGGUUAUGAAAACUUGGCCAUUAACGACAGUGCGUAGAUGGGCAGCUUCUCCAAACAGCUUUACUCUGGAUUUUGGAGACUACACCGAGUCAUAUUACUCAGUUCAAACCAUUGAAGGAGAGAAGAUCUCACAGCUUAUCGCUGGUUACAUCGACAUCAUUCUUAAAAAGAGGAAAGGUCUAGAAGGAUACGAUCCAGAUUUCGAUGAAGAAUCGACAAUGGAGGAAGAUUCUGUUGCUCCCUCAAAGGGGACUUAUCUGGACCGACAGACCAAUAAGGUUGGUCACGCAUCUGUCGGCUCCGUCGCAUUACCUGCCGUUGUAAGAACAGGAGGAGAAGGUGCGUCACGAUAUAGCAUGGGUAAAAUGGAACCAGCUCAGUAUGGUACAAUGUCAGGGUCAGCGCACUCCGCACACAGGCCUCCCAUGGGAUCCCAAGCAAGGCUUCACAACUUGACCCCGGCACAACAAGCCUAUAUGAGUAGCCUCAGUCAGGGCAUUGAUUCUAUUGAUAAUGCUGAUAAAGAACUCAAGACUCCUGUCAAUGCUCUUGCUCUUGGCUCAGAUCCGGCGUCUUUGAAAUGGAAGCAGAAUACGUUAGAUGUGUCAAGACAGAAUGUUGCUUCUCGUUUGGCUGCUCUGUCCGCGUCAUGUGCCUCCAUCGUUAACAUUACCUCAGGAGAGCCAGAAGACACUAACUACACUGCGGCAGGAGCAGCUGUCAAUGUCAUUACUGCUAAUCUACAAGACCUAUCAAAGGGAAUCAAGAUGAUUGCCAGUCUUCUGGAUGAUAAUGAUGACAGUAACAAACUGCUAGAUGCUGCCCGUGGAUUGGCUGGAGCUUUCUCUGAGAUGCUCAAAGCCGCACAAGAAGGAACAACUGGCGACAAAGAGAAACGUGGACGUCUUUUGAGUGCAGCAGGUAAUGUGGGAUCAUCUGGAGCACAGCUGUUAGAGUACAUGGGAGAACCAGAAGUAGAUCAACAAACACAGGAAAUGCUUCUACAGCUCGCUCAGGCAGUUGCCAAUGCAACGGCAACUCUGGUGCUGAAGGGCAAGAACAUUGCCAGUCAAUGUCCAGACAUGGCACACCAGGCCAAAGUCAUAGGAGCAGCUAAAGACACAGCCAUGACCACAUCACAGCUUGUUGCUUGUGUGAAGCUCGUCGUUCCGACCAUCAGCAGUCAGAUGUGCCRAGAUCAGGUAGUGGAGGCGGCAAAACUGGUUGCUAAGGCUGUCAGGGAUACUGAAGACAAUUGUAAGGAAGCAAACCCCAAGGACGAGGACCUUACAGCUUUAUAUGGAGCAGCUCAGGGCGUCAGAGAUGCUCUAAAUCAAUUGUUAACGAAGGUCCGCGAGGGAGGAAUCAAGCCAAAGGUGGGCGAGAAAUAUGACGAAACCUGUGAUGACAUUCUUGGUGCUACAGACAGACUGUUUAACAGUAUGGGCAAUGCUGGUGAAAUGGUCAAACAAGCUAAAAUAUUAGCUCAGGCCACAUCAUUGCUGGUCACCGGCAUCAAGUCAGAAGCCGAGACUCAAGAUGAUGAUGACUCUCAGAAGAGACUGUUGGACGCUGCUAAGUUACUGGCCGAUGCCACUGCAAAGCUUGUUGAAGCUGCUAAGGGUACAGCCAGUAAUCCAAAUGAUGCGAGUGAACAAGAAAAGCUGAAAAGAGCAGCUGAAGAUGUUCGUUCAGCGACGAACACUGCUGCCAGUGAUGCCCUGAAAAAGAAACUUGUGAAACGGUUAGAGAAAGCAGCCAAGGAAGCGACAGGCCAGGCUACACAACUGAUUGCUGCAGCACAAGCAGCUGGUCCUUCCAACAGGAACCAGACAUCCCAACAACAGCUAGAUGAUAUGUUYAAGCCGGUUGAAGAUGAGAUAGCCAAGCUGCUCGAGUCUUUGAGAGAAUGUGCCAACAACCCAGAUGAUCCCAGUGCUCAACUUGGCCUCAUUAAUCAGUCCAAGCUUUUCAUUGUGCCAGUGGCCAAGAUGGUUGCGUGUUCAAAAGCUGCUUUACCAACAGUAGGAGAGCCAAUGUAUGCUACACAACUGGCCAACUUUGCCAAGAGCACAGCACAGAAGCUGAGCGAUCUGAGAGAUGCUGCUGAUAAGGCAGCAGAAGCAUGUGGUACCCUAGAGUUAGACAGCGCAAUGAAGAAAUUAAAAGGACUUGAAAAUGAUUUAAAGGCUAUUGAAGCAGCAGCUGAUGAAGAAAAACUGGUUCCUCUUCCUGGUGAAACACCUGAAUCAUGUGCUCUUGAACUUGGCGCCACGUCGAAGAGUGUUGGAUCAUCCAUGGCACAACUGCUGACCGCUGCUGCUGGGGGUAACGAGAAGUUCACCGGCACAGCAGCACGUGAUACUGCAAACGCUCUCAAGAUUCUGACGUCAUCAGUGCGUGGGGUAGCAGGGGGAACACGUGACAAAAAAGCGCAGAAAAAACUCAUUGAGUCUGCGCGUAACGUCAUAGUUGAGUCAGGGAAACUUCUAGCGGAAGCAAAGAAUGCAUUGGCCAAACCUGGAGAUCCGAACAACCAACAGAAACUAGCACAGGUUGCAAAAGGUGUAUCUAAUGCUUUGAACAACUGUGUUAACUGCCUCCCUGGUCAACGUGACGUAGACGAAGCCAUCAAGGCUGUGUCUGCUUCAAAUCAAGCCUUGGCUGCAGGACAAUUCCCCAAGACCAACAAGCCUUACCAUCAAGUACAAGAACGUGUCAGUCAAACUGGAGCCGCACUUAAUGCCGCCGCCGGUGAAGUCGUUACUGCGUCACGUGGUUCACCCAAUCAGCUUGCUACCUCCACCAAGAAGUUCUCUGUAUCUUAUCAGGACUUGGUGGACAGCGGUAUGACCCUCGCUGGGCAGGCGCCGGAUGACGCUGCCAAGGGCACCAUGGUCCGUAACCUGAAGAACACUUCAACUGCUUCCAGUAAACUUCUACUCGCUGCCAAAUCAUUGGUUACUGAUCCUAACGCACCCAACGCUAAGAACGCAUUGGCCAAUGCUGCUCGAGGAGUUACUGAUAGUAUUAACAUGCUACUGAACGCAUGUAUGUCUGCCGCUCCAGGACAGAAGGAAUGUGAUAACGCUGUACGGAACAUACAGGCCAUGAACAAUAUACUUGACAAUCCUGUUGAACCGGUUAAUGACGACACCUAUUUUGACUGCUUGGACCAUGUGUCCAAAGAUACAAAGGAUCUAGCCGAGGCUAUUCCAGUAAUAUCUGACAGCAUCAAAUCAGCUGAUUACAACAAGUUUGAUAAAACUGUGAGAAGAGCAUCUGAUGCUGUUUGUGCCUUAACUGAGUCUGCUGCACAGGCUGCAUACCUUGUAGCAGUAGCCGAUCCAUCUAGUGUUGCUGGGAGACCAGGUCUCAUUGAUCAAGAGAAGUUUAUCAAAGCCAAACAAGAAAUCAACGAUGCUUGCGGUAGCUUGCUGGACCCUGAUUCAAGCCAACAAAAAGUACUAGCAGCAGCAACAUCGGUAGCCAAGCACACGUCUGCUCUCUGUAAUGCUUGUAAAACAGCAUCAGCAAAGACAGUAAAUCCUGCUGCUAAAAGACAGUUUGUUCAAUCGGCAAAAGACGUGGCUAACAAUACCGCUAACCUCGUGAAGAAUAUUAAGACUUUUGCUGGUAACAUGAAUGAAGAUAACCGACUGCAUUGCGCAGAUGCUACCAAACCCCUGAGGAACAGUGUUCACAGUCUAACAGCUUAUGCUCUAUCUCCAGAAUUCGCUUCUGUUCCUGCUAAAAUUAGCAAUGAGGCCCGCUCGGCCCAGGUGCCCGUGAUAAUGGCAGGUAAAUCAGUCGCUACCACAGGCACCAACUACUUCAAUGCAGCCAAGAUAGGUGUGGUCAAUCCAUCAGACCAACAAGCAAUGUAUCAGAUGCAACAGUCUGCGAAGGGUGUGGCUGAAGCCAUGAAGAGGCUUAUUACAGCCAUUAAAGAUAACGCUCCUGGUCAGAGAGAAUGUGACGAGGCCCUUGAUAAAAUCAAUCAUGUGAUCAACGAUCUUGACCAGGCAGCCCUCGCUAGUAUCAGUGAAGGACUGGAACCAAGAACUGACAAUACCUUACGGGGAUACCAAGAGAAGUUGCAGCAGAAUCUGAUUCAGAUCAGCAGCAACGUUGAUCCACUUGCUGUGGCUGCUAAGACAGAACCAGAGAAUAUUGGACAUGAGGUUGCCAAGAUGACAGAUUUCUUGGUGCCGUUGUGUGACGCUACCAUUGGUGCAGCAUCCCUCAUGAGUAACAACAAACGAAAGGCAGAUUUACUGGACCAGACCAAGACAGUAGCGGAGUGCGCUGCGCAGAUGAUGUACUCUGCCAAGUCUGGGGGAGGCAAUCCCAAGAAUACCCAGGCUCAUCCAGCCAUUGACGAAGCAGCAGAAAACAUGAAAGAUGCAAUCGAAGACUUGAAGAACACAGUAGAAGAAGAAGCCAGUGAAUCUGGUGUGGUAUCAGGUCUGGUGGACAGUAUUAGCAAGACUCUUACUAGUAUCGAUAGUCCUCUGAUGGAUGCUGUUGAUGCUCGUAUAAGGGAGGCCGAUCAACCUUUUGUUUAUUACCAAGAAUGCAUGACUAAAGCAAUGAAAGAACUGACGAGAAAAGCACAGGAUAUGGUUGGCAAGACCAAUUCAGACCCAACUAAACUGGGACCUCUUGCCAAAGAUAUUAGUAAUUUGUAUGAUGAAAUCGCGAAGAAAUCUAAAGGUGCUGUCGCUACUAUUGGUAACCAAGAGGUUGCUCAGCGCGUCAGGCAUAACGUUCAGGGUCUUGGUGAGUCAUGUAUCGCUCUAGUUCAAAGUGCUGGUGCUGUACAAAACAGACCUAACGAUCCUUACUCCAAAAAGGAGCUCACUGACAAUAGCAGACAUGUCUCUGAAAAGGUGUCACAUCUUCUGGCUGCCCUCAUGGCAGGGUCCCGUGGUACCCAGGCAUGUAUCAACGCAGGUGCCGCCAUUAAUGGUAUUGUCAAUGACCUCGACACGACAGUCAUGUUCGCUACAGCAGGCACGAUGAAUCCUGAAAGUACAAAUGACUCCUUCUCUGAUCACAGAGAGGAUAUCCUCAAGAAUGCAAAGGUAUUAGUAGAAGACACCAAGAAGCUGGUUGCUGCUGCUCAAGCUACUCAGGAUGUACUAGCUACGGCAGCUGAGUCAUCUCUUGGCAGUGUUUCGAGACUGGCUGAUCAUGUCAAGUUAGGCGCUGCUGCUCUUGGUUCUGAUGAUAGUGAUGCACAGCAAAUGCUUCUCAACGCCGCAAGAGACGUCGCAUCGGCACUGGGAAAUUUGAUCAACGCGACUAAGAACUCCUCCGGUAAACCUGCUUCAGAUCCUUCAGUAGAACCGCUCAAGGCUGCUGCAAAGACAAUGGUAUCUAACGUGUCGUCUUUGCUCAUGACGGUCAAAACCGUGGAAGACAAGACAACAAGAGGAACACGCGCUCUUGAACAAACAAACGAAGCUGUCAAACAAGCUAUACUGGUUCUUAAUUCUCCAUCUCCUCCAACACGUAAUGCAACUCCAGAAGACCUUAUCCGAAGUACUAAAGGUAUUACCUUGGCAACGGCUAAAACGGUUGCCGCAGGUAACUCUUGUAACCAAGACGACGCGAUCGCUGCUGCUAAUCUGGGGAGGCAAGCUAUUACUGAUAUGUUGACGAUGUGCAAGGCUGCUGCUGCUAAGUCAGAAUCAGAAGACGUCAAGUACGCUACUCUAGUAUCAGGACGUGAUGCCGCUGCUGCUUAUGGUGAAGUGUCUGAACUAGUUAUUAAUAUUAUACAAAAACCAAGCAAUGAGAAGAAACAGCGCCUGAUGCCUUUAUCAAAGAAUGUCGCUGAACGAGUAGGGAAACUGGUUCGAGUUGCCGAACAGCUCAAAGGUUCUGACUGGGUGAACCCAGAAGAUCCUAAUGUCAUCGCAGAGAACGAGCUUCUUGGAGCUGCUGCGUCUAUCGAAGCUGCUGCGCGUAAACUUGCUGAACUUAAACCCAAACCAAGACCAAAGCAAGCAGACGAGUCUCUGAACUUUGAAGAGCAAAUCCUUGAGGUGGCUAAAGCCAUCACGGCUGCCACUGUUGCACUGGUCAAGAGUGCAUCAGCAGCACAGAGAGAACUGGUCGAAACAGGAAGAGUUUUCUCUGCCUCUUCAGAUGCCAGGGAAGAUAACCAAUGGUCAUUCGGUCUUGUAUCUGCGGCCCGCACGGUCGCAGCAGCCACGCAGACUCUCUGCGACGCAGCAAAUGCCGCUGUACAAGGAAACGCCAGCGAAGAGAGACUCAUCGCAGGAGCCAAUCAGGUUGCUUCAUCAACUGCUCAGCUCCUAUUGGCUUGUCGGGUCAAGGCUGAUGCUAACAGUGCUACACAAAAACGACUACAGGUUGCUGGUAACGCGGUGAAACGUGCCGCGGAUAACUUAGUCCGUGCUGCGAAGAAAGCCGCCAUCUUUGAAGAAGAAGAGACCACGGUCAUUAUUAACCAGCGGUUCGUAGGUGGAAUUGCACAAGAACUAGAGGCUCAGGAACACGUCCUUCGUAUCGAAAAAGAACUCGAGCUCGCUCGGAUGAAGCUCGGUAAAAUUCGACAAGCCCGAUAUGUUCCCGAAGAUGAUGAUUGAAUUAGAAAAAUAUUAUAGGUCUGGAAAUAUUACUCGUUUCUCUUAUGAGUGAUAUCACAGGGGCCAUGUUGGAUGACACCAAAAUAGUUGAGUUGGUUCCCUUGGGUUGUACUCCAACAUGACUACCAUGAUCCCUCUGCUUAUUAGCAAAAACAUUAUAGAUUCUCAGUACAUUAAUACUUAUUUUGUUGAAUAAUUAUUACACAGUUAUUAUUGCAGUAUCGAUUGGCUAUUGGUCUCCGAUAUAAUAUCGAUUAGGUCGUCAAUUAUUCGUUUCGUUACCGUUCGGUCAUCGGUGGUUUUUUUAUUUCUUCAAAGGAAAAACUGUUUUCGUGACAAAUCUACUAAUCUUUUACUUUUCCCAAUAUGCCUUUAAGACUAUACGAGUAUGUUUCCAUGGUGAUUUGUGUAACCUUAGGGUUGCUAGGCUACUGUUGCUCUUUAAUUUGUUAGGUAAUGAAAUUCUUGAGAAUAUUUUGAAAAUUUUUUUUUUUGUUUUAUUUUUGUAUCAUUCUGAACUUUGUUUUAUUUUAUUUUAUUUUUUUCGUUGGAUGAAAAUCUCCUCAAGACAUUCUUUAGUUGAAAAAAACAAUUGGAGCAGAAAUGUAUUUCCAUAAAUCUAUGGUAAUAAAGAGUAGAAGCUGUGUCAAAUUUUUAUUAGCAAGUUAAAACCAAAUUACUAAUAAUAACGAAUAGUAUUUUUGUACUUAUAUAAGCGUAGUAUUGAAGCUUGUUGUCUAAAUAAAGUUAGUUUUAAUACUGAAAA